UGCUGCGCAUGCGGAGGGGGAGUGAGCUGGAACUACGACGUCUGCCAGCCUUGCGCUCCAUGUAGCAAGGGACAGUACAGGGAAGGUUGUGGAGGGAUGUUAGAGGGCAACUGUACCGCGUGCCCUUCCUGCCCUGCUGGGAAAUACAAUGAUGGCUGUGUGGGGAAUUCCUCUGGCUCCUGCACGGACUGUGACCUAUGCUCUGAGGGCUUCUUCAACAAGGGUUGCCUCGGUCUGAACAACGGGUCCUGUACCGCCUGUGAGGCCUGCCCUCAUGGACAGUACAGGGUGAACUGCUCCGGGCUGGAGCAGGGAGUCUGUGUUGACUGCCCCACAUGCGGGAGCUACGAGUACCGAGAUGGAUGCAACGGCACGAGCGCUGGGAGCUGCAUCGCGUGCGCUGCCUGCGAUGUGGGCUUCUAUAGGAAGCUCAACUCAGGAGUAUGCGUGAACUGUACUUCAUGCCCAGUCGGGACUUUCUGCAACGUCAGAGGACAGUGCCAGCAGUGCCCUCCUUGUCCCGCGGGUUCUUUCUGCGAUGAAUCCGGCAGCUGUGCUGCAUGCCCAGCUGGAAGUUUUGCCAGCGCGCCCAAUUCUACUUCGUGCUCUCCAUGUUCAGCCUGUGACUUGAACCAGUACGAAGAGUCUGCGUGCAACGCAACACAUGAUGCUGUGUGCCGUCAAUGUGCAGCAGGGCAAUACUUCCAGAAGGAGGCUGCC